AAGAGGUGGGAACAGCAUUUCCUGCCAAACCGAGAGAAAGACUAGUUUCCAGAGGCUCAGAGGAAAGGAAAUCUCUUUGCUGUCACCGGCUUUGCAUUUUAAGGAGGGAGGGAGGAAACGGAAGGGAGGAAGGGGGUUGGUCCUGGUCUGCCCCACCCCUUGCGCGCUGCCCCGCUGCCCAGCUUCCCACCCACAGGUCCACGGCUCGCUGCCAGGCAGUGCCAGGGCUCCGGGGGUCUGCUCCAAGGGUCCGCAGGGAUCGCAGGGCCGCGCCGCGCGAUCUGGAGCAGCCAAUAGUUGGGAAACAUGUUAGCCGUACACUUCGACCAGCCAGGAGGACCAGAGAACCUCUACCUGAAGGAGGUGGCCAGGCCCAGCCCGGGAGAGGGAGAGGUGCUCCUGAAGGUGGCGGCCAGCGCCAUGAACCGGGCCGACAUACUCCAGAGACAGGGCCAAUAUGCCCCACCCCCGGGAGCCAGCACCAUCUUGGGAGUUGAGGCGUCUGGACACGUGGCAGAGCUGGGGCCUGGCUGCCAGGGGCACUGGAAGAUCGGGGACCCAGUCAUGGCUCUGCUGCCUGGUGGGGCUCAGGCUCAAUAUGCCACUGUCCCUGAGGGGUUCCUCAUGCCCAUCCCAGCAGGACUGACCAUGGCCCAGGCCGCAGCCAUCCCAGAGGCCUGGCUCACCGCCUUCCAGCUGUUACAUCUUGUGGGAAAUGUUCAGGCCGGAGACUCUGUGCUAAUCCACGCAGGAGUAAGUGGGGUGGGCACAGCGGCCAUCCAACUCACCCGGCUAGCUGGAGCCGUUCCUCUGGUCACAGUUGGCUCCCAAGACAAGAUUCAAAUGGCAGAAAAACUUGGAGCAGCUGCCGGAUUCAAUUACAAAGAAGAGGAUUUCUCUGAAGCAGCAAUGAAAUUCACCGAAGCAUCACAAAUUGUGUUUCACAUGGAAGGUGCUGGAAUCAACCUUAUUCUAGACUGCAUAGGAGGAUCCUACUGGGAGAAAAAUGUCAACUGCCUGGCUGUUGACGGUCGCUGGGUUCUCUACGGUCUGCUGGGAGGAAACGAAGUCAAUGGGCCUCUACUUUCCAAACUGCUUUUUAAACGAGGAAGCCUCAUCAGCAGUCUGCUGAGAUCUAGGGACAAGAAGUACAAGCAAAUGCUGGUGAAGACUUUUACGGAACAAGUUGUGCCCCACUUCUCCACGGAGAGUACCCAUCGUCUGCGGCCGGUCGUGGACCGAGUCUACCCGGUGGCCGAAAUCCAAGAGGCCCAUAAGUACAUGGAGAGUAAUCAGAACGUGGGCAAAAUCGUCCUGGAGCUGCCCCAGUGAAGGAGCACAGUACAGGGAACGGCACCUCGGGCCUUCCCAGAGCAAGCUCGUGGAAAAUUCACUGUAUGCAGACAAGAGGCCAGCCGCUACCCCAGGCCCACAUGUAACCCUCUGGGCCUCCCUGGGCCUCGUCAAUCGAUCGGUGUACAGCUGUUCUA